UCAAAUUACUUUUUACUGUUUACCAAUACUGAAAUUUGAACAUGAGAUUUUGUACUGAAACGUCUUGAGGAAAUAGAAUGUUUACGAAAUGUUUUGCUAUUUAUCUUCUCUUUUGUAUUGUUGCCUGUUUCACAGUGUCACUUGAUUAAAAAGGUCACCGGAAAAAUAAUGGAAGUUUUAGCUGCGGCUGCGCCAGGAAAUUAGUAAUAAAAUUUAGAUUAUAUUAAAAAAAAAAAAAGAUGAUUCCUCAUUUAAAAUAUGUAUCCCUGUCUGUGUUAGUUUUACAGACUACUGCCAUAGUUUUAGUUCUCAGAUAUUCAAGAACAGUUCCACAGAAUGGACCCAGAUAUUUAGCUUCGACUACCAUUCUGAUUUCAGAAAUAUUGAAAAUUGUAUCUUGUUUGGCUGUGUUGUGUUGCGAAUGUGGAUGGUCGUUGUCAAAUUUGAAAUGUCUUCUAAUACAAGAAAUUUGGAGAAAGCCAGUUGAAACGUUGAAGCUCAUUGUACCUGCUUUUUUAUAUACAGUUCAAAAUAAUUUAUUAUUUAUUGCUCUUUCUGUUCUGGAUGCUGCAACCUAUCAAGUGACAUAUCAAUUGAAAAUUCUUACCACUGCCAUGUUUUCUGUGAUGAUACUUCAUAAAAGAUUGGUUACUACUCAAUGGCUAGCUUUAGUUCUACUUAUGAUAGGUGUUGCACUUGUUCAGAUGCCAUCUUCUAGUUCAACAACAAGCACCAAUGUAGACAAGACAGUUUCUUCUCAAUUUUUAGGUUUAUUUGUUGUGUUGAUUGCAUGCUUCUCAAGCGGUUUCAGUGGAGUAUACUUUGAAAAACUUGUGAAGAGCUCUGCACAGUCAUUAUGGAUCAGGAAUAUUCAACUAGCUUUGUUUAGUAUUAUCCUUGGAUCAUUGGCAAUAUAUAUGCAGGAUUCUAAAGCUGUUGCAGAACAUGGAUUUUUCCAAGGAUAUUAUGCAACAACAUGGAUAGUCAUAUUUUUACAAGCUUUUGGUGGUUUAGUUGUUUCUACUGUGAUUAAAUAUGCAGAUAAUAUUCUCAAAGGCUUUGCCACAUCUGUAUCUAUAGUCUUGUCAACUGUGUGUUCAUAUUAUUUAUUAGGUGACUUUGAACCCACUGAUACAUUUUUUAUUGGAGCUACUAUUGUUAUAAUAGCUACCAUGCUGUAUGGAUAUCCUGUGAAAAAACCUGACAAGUAUUCAACUCCCCCUAAUCGAGAGAAAAUUGUUGAGAGAUGAUCUUAUGGAUGCCAAAGAAAUGUUUCGAUUGGCUUUUCUAGUAAAAUACUUAAUUUUUUACAUUUGCUAUCCAAAGAUGAAUGUUCUCAAUAUAUAUAUGCAUGAUAAUGGUCACAUUUUUAAUUUUGAUUUAUUUUCAAGACUCAAUUUUUUCAGAUUUAUAUUUAUUAAACUGUUAUAAAAUCUUUAUUUUUGUUAUGCUGUUUAUCAAACUUUUUUUAAUUUAAGAGAGAAAAACAGCAAUAAAUAUAGAUGCUUUAUGGUUAUGAAUAUUUUAGUUACUAUUUUUAUUAAAAAAUUUCGUCACAAAAUAAUUUUUUUUAGUGUUCCAGUUUGGCCAAAUUAAUGCCAUAAAAUUCCUUUUUAAUUAAGAGAUGAUGCACUCGUUCCCUUAGAAGUUGAAAACCAACUACUUAAGCGCACAAGCUUAAAUUAUUGUGCUGUAAAUUUGUUUUAUUAUAUAACUUAUGCUUAUAAAUAUUUUAAUUGUCAUUCCCCUUCAUUAAAAAAAAGGUGUUUUUCUUUUCUGUAGAAAUUUGCUUAUGAAAAAUAUUUUAAUGAUGUAUUUGUUACAUUUUUAAAAUUCAUUACAGGCCUAGAUUGACUUUUCUUUAAACCUAAUAAGGGGAGUGCAAGAGAAAAAAAUUCUGGAGUUUUUAAGUACAUAAGCUGUUUGUAAAAACAUUGUGCUGUAAAGUAAAAGUUUAUGAAUGACAAUAAUGCAUGGAAACUGGAAACAUGUUUUGUUUUUCUAUUCUUACCAAACUUAAGAGACAGAGAAUUUUUUGGUGCUAUGUUUUCUCUUUUAUGUAUAUACAUAUUGUAUACUUUUGAUUAUCAAUGAUCUUUCAUGGUUAAAAUCUUAAACAAAUGGAAAAGUUUUAACGAGAAAAUGUAAACAAUCAACUAAUUUUUUUAUAACCACAAAAGAGCAGCUUAGAGCUCCUCUACAUAAAUGCAUUCAGAGAUCAAUAAGGUGAGAUCUAUAGUUGAAUCAUAAUGACCAUCACUGGCUACAAUACAGCCCCCCCCCUCCCUUGAAAAAAAAAGAUAUAUCUCAUCAUUGCCCAGGGGUAAUUCAACACUUCAUCAUCACUAUGUCUUGUUGGAAUAUAGACCAUACUGGAAAAAGCAGUAUUCUACAAGAAUCAAACAUCAUACUGGAAGCUUCUCAUCCCAGUAUCAGAGAAGGGGGGGGGAUAUAGUAUUAAAAAAACAUUUGUAAGUAUAAAAAUUUAAAGCUUAUUAAAUUUUUAGAAUCUCAAUCCAAAAUUGCUGAAAAAAAAUCUUUAUGAUGAUUUGUAUUUUUUAUAUUAUUGGUCCUAUUAUAAAACCCUAUAUAUAGUUACCAAGCCACUCAAUUUCGUGGAUAAUCGAGAUUUCGUGGACAUAUAUAUUUCUAAUUAAGAUAUGCAGUCAUAAAGAGAGAAAGGCAGCUUAAUUCUCUUUCUAUAAUCAAGAUAAUUUUAUAUCAUUUUGCUUAUUUGUGCUCUUUUCUUUGUCAGGCAUAUUCUGUACAUUGUAGAAUGCUACAAACUUUUUUUUUAUUUAUAAAUACAAUGACAUUUUUAUCUGAAAUGCCAACUAAUUAUUGAUGAGUGAAUUUAGUUGUCUUAUUAUCCAUGGCUUUUAUAUAUCAUUAAAUAAUUAUUUUAGAAGGUGACUUUUUAAAAGUUAAGUCAUAUUUUCUAUUUCUGAUCUUUCUCUCUCUCUCUCUCUCUGAAGUGAAUGAUUAAUCAAAAUCCUGCCAUAUUUGUAUUUAUUUCACAGUCUGUUGUGUCUUUUUUUCAAAUGUUAAAUUUUUGUCUUUUAAAAAAAGCGAGUUUAAAUUUAAUUUAUUGUAUUUCUAGUGUAAAUAUUUGAUUUGUAUUGACAUAAUUCAUUUAUUUUAUAGGAAAAUAUUUGAAUUUUUAUCAUGACAUUUUUAAUUACAACAAUUACAUAAUAACUGAUAACUCUCUUGUCCAUAUUUUGAAUGGUCUUUAGUCUAUGUAAGCCACAAUUUAAAUGUAUUCUCUUAAUUUUCUUUUUAUUGAUAAAUUUAUGUAUUUUAAAUCCUAUUAAAUUGUUUCUCCUGUUUUCUUCGGAGAAAUUUCUGAAGUAGUUUAAUUUUAUUUUAUAUUCUUUAUUCGCAAAAUAAGAUGCAAACCAUUUUUCUGUAAUUUCAUACAUUUUUUCCCCUGUUUCCAGUGCAAAUUCAUAAUUUUAAUUUAUUUGGUUAUUUCAAUUUGUUAUUUAUUUAGGUAUCCAUUAAACAAACUGAAUCAUGUCAGAAUAUAAAUUAUUUUUCAUUAUAUAUUAAUUUCAAAGAUGAUUUGUCUUCCUGAAUUCUGUAUAAUUUUACUUCCAUUUUAUAUAUAAUAAAUAUUGUUUCUACUGUGUAUUAGAACCAAAGUGAUUCAUAGAAUAAUAUUAUUCUGGAAGUGUAAUCAGUAGUUUUGAUUACAUGAAAAUUAUUUAGGUAUUGAAUUAAUUAUUUCUAUGUAAUAAGUGUUAUUUUUGUCUUUGUUUUCAAAGUGAUAAAUUGUUAUAUAGGGCAGGACUUCUUAAAUUUUUGAUGGUUAAACCUUUGAUAAUUUCUCAAAACGUAUUGGCUUGACUACGAAUUAACAAUAAUUAGGAUAAAAUAUAAAAGUUAUUUUAAUUAUUUGUUUAAAAUGUUUAUUAUAUGAUGAAACAGACUUUAUAUUUUAUGACAUGAAUUGAACAGACUUAUUCUUGGCAUGUAUAGAAAUUCAAAAAUAUUUCUUCAGAAAUAAAAGUCACGGUGAGAAUGGAAGUGCUUGGCUGUGGUUUAAUUUUUUGCUGCAAGUAGAAAAUGAUAAUACAGUGAGCUCUUAUAAAAAAAUAAUUUCUUAUAAUGCUAUGAAAAGAAGGUGACUAGUUCUUGAAUUGAAAUAAUAUUUCAAACAGAUUGACAUUUCAUAAUUAACAUAUUCUAUUAGAAUUUAGACAUAUGUGUGUAUUGAUUAAAUUUUUCAAUAUUGCAUGUCCUCUAUGUUGCAAUUCCCUGCUACGCCGAAAGUGUCCUCUCAUUUUAUGGGUUUCCUCUGUAUAAUGAUUAUAAUUCAAAACCAGCCAAACAAGUAUUCAAUAUAAAUAAUGUUAUUUUAUUUCAUUGUGUUUCAAAUAAUUUCUGUAAUUUAUUCUAUUAUUUGCACCUGUGGUGAUUAACUGGUUCUUCAAGAAUAAUGGUUAAUUUCAAUUAAAUCCGGUAAUAGAUACAUAUUCAUGAUUCUGUCUAAUUUUUAGAUUAAAAUUAUAUUAUUUUAGUAGUCUUACAUUUGUUCAAUUUAUUAUAUAUAUGAAUUUUACUAAUAGAGACCAGUCCCAUGACAUUAUGGUAUCAUUCAAAGCAUAUUUGUGCAGUUCAUCUCCUUUUUAUCUUGUGUCGUACUGAAAAUUCACUUUUUUCCCAUCUUGUCAACUAUAUUAAUUAAUUUUUUUUAACCUCUUUCUUAGCUUUAAACAAUGGAAGAAAGGCCUGCUAUAAAAUACUUGAUUCAAUAAUAAAGACGAUUUGAAUUUCAGAUCAAUAAUGUAAUCAACUGAUGAAAAUUAGGUUAAAUAAUAAUAAUAAAUAAAUAAAAUUCUAAACAGUCUAAAAACUUUUAUAGUGCUGUAAUAUUUCGGAAGUUAUCACAGAAAAACCUGAAAAUUCAGCUUAAUUUUUAAUCGAUAAAAUUUUUUUUUUUAAUUGUACUGAGGUGCACAUUUCCAACCUCUGAGGUAUGUAGUGCCAAAUUUGGUAGUUGUAUUUCAAACAGUCUAGCUUUCAGAGCACCAUCAUACAGAAAUGAAUUCAUACAUUCAUCUUUAUUAUUAGUACAGAUUUUUUAUUCAUUUAUUAUGAUCUGAUGUGUACAGUGUUAACUUCAUAUAAAAUAAUAAUUUGAUAUUAUUCUCAACUGUAAAAGAAUUUAAGAAGCCUUGUUAUAGAGCUUUCAUUUUUGUGUGUGUAUUUUUAUAUUUAUUCAUUCUUGUAUGUACGUUUGUCAAUUGCAUGGUACCUUUAAUUUUGUUUUGAUUGACUAUGAGGAGAUAAUAGUUGUUGACUUUUUAUUUUUAUUGUAACCAAGACUGUUAUAGAUCGAUAAACAUGAGCUGAAAAUCUUUUCAUAUGUUUACGACUUUUGCUCAAAUAGAUAAAUUGCAUUAGUAAUCAUGCAAAACAUUUUUCUACUUAAUUUAUCUAAAUAACUAAGUUAUUAUUUAAAGAAAAAUUUAGGUUGGAAAAUAUGUAAGUAUACAGCCACUUUGUCUGUAAUAUGUUAAAGUCUGGAAUUUGAGUGUAUGCCAAACAAUAAAAUAUAAUAACAUACUCAAUUCAGUUCUUCUUAUUAAUUGGUAUUCAAUGUUUUCAAAUUUUUUUUGAACAUACAUAUUAAUAAAAUAUUAAAAUUUUAGAAAUUUGUCUUAGCUAGAAAAGUGUCAUUUGUUUUUGAAAUUUUUCCAAGCUCUUUGACAGAUUAUCAUUUUGUCAUUAUUUGUUUAAAAAUUAAAAUAUUCAUAGUUCAUAAUCAGUUUUUACAUAUUCUGUAUACUUUUGAGAUAGACAAAAAAAAAAAAAAAAAAGAAACAUUUUUUGUAAAUUAAAAAAUAAAAUUUGAACAAUUUUAAUGUUUAAAAUUUAUAUAUUCUAGUUUAAUAGAAAAGAAAAUCUAUAUCGUAAAUUAAAAUUAAAUAUACAUAUAUUAUGAACAAUAUUUUCAUUGAUGUUACAAUGCAUGGAUUUUUCAAGUUCUGAACUUAAACUAUAUUUCCUCCCCUCCCUGCCAUAAUCUGUAUUUUAAUCCUCCCCAAACCGACUUUUCAAGAUCAUGUCACUUACCUUAAUUUAUUAACUAACUCAAAUUUAGAAUAAUAAAUUUUAAUUUAUAUAAUAAAUAGUUAGGAAUGUUUAUGAAAUUUUGUACUGUGGUGACUUGUUAGCUCAAAAUCAAGCAAGGUUUAAAAAGAUAUUUCUGUCCUCUUUUUAAAUUUCUAUUUUAACUUAAUUUUUUAAAAAAAUCGGCUAUUAAUAUUUAAUACUUUAUAACCAAAUUUUAUUAGGGAAAAUUAAUUUUAUGCAAUUGUUAUCGUGACUGCUAUAUAAAUGUAUAUUUUGUAGUCCUGUUUCUGGCUAACCUUGACAUUGCACAAGAUAUGGUGAUUUUUGUUAAUCAUUAAGAUUGUGUCUUUACACAAACUUUUUAAUAAAUUGUUGAAGAUUGAAAUCUUAACCUGUAUAGCCGAAGUGUGUAUGUAUUUAGAGAUUGAUAAUUGAUGGAAUGACAAUUGAAUUUUAUAAUCCAGAACUUUUUUUUUAUAUGAUGGAGUACAAAUAAUUUCAUGUGUAUUUCCAUUUAACCUUGAACUCUCAAUCUUAAAGAUAAUUUUUUUUUUAAUAAUUUCAUUUAAUGGGCAGAUAAAUCUUUAAGAGACUUGCCAUCGUUGAAUUUGUAGUGAUUACUUACUGUGUUUGAUGUGGUGAUGUAGUUGUGAUUUGCUGUGAUUAUUUAUCCUAGAUUGAAAUGAUUCUUUAUAUUUGUUGUGUUAUAAUAAAAAUUACAUAAAUUUC